AUGAAAAAACAUAUGCUAUUACUGUAUUUCCUUAUUUUUGUCUUUGGUAAUUUAACGGUCAAUGCGAUAAAAAAGAAGGGCUUAAAGAGGAAUUUAAAAGGAGGGAAUCGAAACAAUGAAGAUACACAGAAGAGGAAAAACCUGAUGAACUUUGAAAUUAUGAAAGAUAAAAGUAGUUUGUCAAACAUUGAACUUAACUCAUCAACAUUUCAUAACAUAUUAGCAUCAACGAGACUAAUGCAAAAUUUAGGGGGAAACACUUCAGAUCCCACAAUCUACAGAUACAUACACAAUGUCCAUGAUCAUAAUGAAAAUAAUGGUGCCGUCUUGGUUUUCAUUCUUUUCGGAAUAUUAAUUUUUGCGGUUUUAUUUUUCAUUUUUUAUUUCAUUUUCAGACAUCACGUAAAACAUAUAAAAUUUAUGAACAGUAUAUGA